AUGACUGAACUGAUCAGAUCCAAGGAAUCACCUUUGUCCGCCUCAACUGCGACUGGUGAUAUACUAAUGCAACAACUCAAGUCUGCGAUAGUGGGCAUGUCAUCAAUCACUCCUCAGAAUGGAACAUCAGUGAGCAGAACGAUAAAUGUAAUCUGGUCCGCAUUUCUCGAUAACUUGUUCAAGGACUCUUUCAUCAAUCAAUGGUACCUGGACAACCUCCUUGCCGCCACUGGUGAUUUGAACAACUACAACCUGACCAGUAUCAAGGCGCCAAUGAAGGCCACCCGUAAUCUCAUGAACACCUUUGCCACCAAUGUUGAGUUCCAACUUAUGGAGAACACGCCACAGUCACGCCAAAAGGUGCGUACUUCGUUCACUGCGCUCGAGACUAAGCUGCGCAUGAACCUGGCCAACAUCUUCCGUCAUAGCUCAUCUGAUCUUGCUGAGUUGCCCACGUUUGCCUUCAGCUCCACGAUCUACUUCAUGGUCCAAACACAGUUCCAGAGAUACGCCACCGCUUGGGGAUUCGACAACAACGCCAUCGUGACCCAGCGCACCAAUGUGCGUAAUUCCUUAGCAAACUUCUCCAAUCACACCCGCGCAACCUUUGAGGCCAUGUCAAACAAGAUUGUGAAUACACCGAGAACCGAGAUCAUAUUUGAUGAGCUGGAUGCCCAACACAAAUUGGAGAGUGUCCUCCUCCUUCGCCUAGCACUCAUUCCCACUGUGUUUGACUAUGUAGCGAUGUGGUGGAGAAUGGACCUCUCGACUUUUCCCAGCGGCACCUAUGGUGAGCAGGUCAGACUGUUGUUCUCAAAGAUCAGUGGUAAUGUAGUGGAUCCCAGUACAUCCACUACUCCAUCUGGGUUUGACUAUGCUGGCACCUACCAAAGGAUGGAAGAAUUAUUCUCUGGCGCCAAAUUUGAACACUACCGUGGCCAGGUCACUCAGAUCCAGUUCUGUUUCAGUAACCAAGGUGUAAUCUCUGUGACCAGGAGUCUCAAGCUUUCGAACAAGACAACGGUCACCGUCACACCUCGAUCCCCCACUGAUACAGUAUCCAGUGUGCAGAGUGUGAUCAUUAGCCCGACCAUCAAAGACCAGGGUAUCAACUUGGGCCAUGUGGAGGUGCCACUGUUUAUCGGACUGGAGAUACACGUCGGCUAUAUGUACGCUGUUGGCGUGGUUGGACAGACCUACCUCCAUCAGGCCGAGUAUCCUCUACAAAACUUCAAUAUAUCGGUGCCCGGCCACAAGAUAUCCGACUUGUUCCCAUGGAGUAAAACUCGUGACAUACUUAUGGAUUACAAGAUCGUUGACGCGAUUCAGGGUGCCCUGAUCCCGUCAGAGGUAUUCCCAGAGAAUGUCGUUCUUGCCCGCGUGUCCACAAUGAUCAAUGCCCAGAAGUACCAUGAGAUCAGUGGCAACGUCACUUUCGCCAAGGACCAUCACACGAUUGGCUCUCACUCAAUGAGGAUGGAACCAAGCAGCCGUAUCAGAUACUAUUUCGAGGCCAAUGGAGUGGUGGUCGAGACAUAUACUAUUGGUAUCUUUGCCAAGACCACUGGAGCUGCAUCGACAGUCAGAAUCUAUAAUCAAGUGAAUCGAGUCAAGACAUUGUUGACCACUGUGAACAUUCCCGCAUCCACCGACUAUACGGCAUACAAUGACUUGAUGGCAUUGAUCGAUGUCAAGAAGGACCCAUACACCAAUCUUGAGUACCUGACCAUCGAGCCAUCUGCCGAGAUAUUCCUGAAUGCCAUCAUUCUCAAUCCAAUUAGUCUCUAA